AUGGCAUCUGAGAACGUAAAAUACCGUUUGCAAAGAAUACAAACUCUUAACGGUGACCAAGAAAUUGUUUUAAAACAAGUUUGGGCCUACUAUUUGAAAUUUUUUGGCUACCCUGUUGAUAUUUCUGAUUCCGAUUUGGCUUACAAACAAUGUUUUGUGGCUUCCACCUCGACUGCUGAUUUUGAUGAAUCUCAAGCCAUUCCAACUGCUGGUUUAUCUAAAACCAAUACCAGAGGCUCAAUCAAUUCAACCCAAAGUAAUGCUUCUAAAAAGAAAAGAGGUCUUUUUGGAUCUAAAAAAUCCACUGCUUCGGCUUUGAACAAUGGUGGUACUGGUACUGCCCAAGGUUCUCCACCAGCUAAUUCCAAAAGAAUGAUACAAAUUCAAACUCAAUCCUCUUCAGAAAGAUAUGUUCCAGUAGAUAUUGCAAGUGAUGAAUAUUACGCUAUUUAUGCCCAUCACCACAAAUCCAGUUAUGAAUAUUCUGACGAUUAUGAUCCAAGUUUGGAUAAUGCUGCUGGUGCUGGUGGCUUUUCUAAUGGUGGUGGUGUCAAUUACAAUAAUGGCAAUGGUGGUGCUUAUUAUGACAAUGAUACUGCUUCAGUUAAUUCUUUGGAAACUUUUGUUACUGCUGAGACUACUAUUACUGAUUAUGACUACACUCCAGCUACUAUAUUCAAGAAUGGUAAUAAUAACAAAAUAAAUGGUAAUUAUGGUGGUAGAAUUGGUCAUCCUAACAAGUUCCAACAACAACAACAGCAUCAGCAACAGCAACAACAACAAUACUAUCAACAAUCCAAUGGUGGAAGUGGUGUUAGUCGUCAUCAAGCUACAAUCAACACUCCUAUUCACGUAAAUGCUGGUCAAACACCAAUCACCGCCCUUAGUCAAUAUGGUGCUAAAGACCAACAUCGUGCGAUUUUGAAAGUCCCACGUACUGAUUUGAUAGAUAACCUUGUGUUGAGAUUUAUUAGAGCCAGAAAAUGGGAUACUGAAAAAGCCAUUGAAAUGCUUUCUAAAUCAUUACAUUGGAGAUCUAAUGAUUUCCCCGCUGAUGACUGGGCUAUGGAAGCUGAUGGUCCAUCUUAUCUUAAUGGAACCAACAAAGGGUUUAUUAAAAAUUUCACUACUGAAAAAUCUUGGAUUAAAGGUAGAGAUAAGAAUAAUAAUCCAAUCUUUAUGUUCCAAGCUAAGAAGCAUUUAACUGCAGAUUCUCCAUUAGAACAAAAUCAAAGAUAUGCUGUUGUCACUAUUGAAUGGACCAGAUUGUUCCUUAGAGAAGUUAGUGAAUCAGUUGAUACUUGUACUAUUGUUUUCGAUUUGACUGGAUUUUCUUUGAAAAAUGCCGAUUAUGCUACAAUUAAAUUUUUGGCUGAUGUUUUUGAAGCUCAUUAUCCAGAAACUUUAGGGUUCAUCUUGAUUCAUAAUGCUCCUUGGAUCUUCUCCACUGUGUGGAAUAUUAUUAAGAAUUGGUUAGACCCAGUGGUUGCCUCUAAGAUUCAUUUCACUAAAGACGCUAAAGAAUUGUCUAAGUUUAUUGAUCCUACUUUAAUUCCUGAUUAUUUGGGUGGUGAAGAUACUACUAGAGGUUUUUACCCAAUUCCAGAACCACAAGAUGAAUAUCCUCCAAAACAAAAGGAUGCUGAAUUUGCUAGAUUGAAGAGAGAAAGAGAUGAAUUAUUGGUUAGAUUUUUUGAAACUACAAGAAAAUGGAUUGAAUCGACUAACCCUCAAGUGUCUGAUAGAUAUUUGAAGGAUAAAAUCGAUUUGAAUAUUGCUCUUUCCAGAAACUAUAUUCAAUUAGAUCCAUAUGUUAGAAACCGUGGUAUCUAUGAUAGAGAUCAUACAUUAAGUAUUGGACAUUAA